AUGUCCUGGCUGGUGCUGGCACCUGGUUCUGCUGCUGCCUGCGUCACCCUCCUGCUCAGCUGUGCCUGGCUCGGCUCUGCCGCCCAACCACCCUCGGGGCCGGUCAGAGGGCGAUCCCUGCUCCGCCUCACGCCCCAGGAGAAGAACGUGUGCUCCGAGGCCUCCGAGGAAGAUUUUCUCAAAAGCACCCUCAGCACCCGCCUCCUGCCUGCCCUCUACUCCCUGGUCCUGCUGGUGGGGCUGCCGGCCAACGCUCUGGCCUGCUGGGUCCUGGCCACCAACUUCAGGAGAUGCUCCAGCACCACCUUCCUGCUCAACCUGGCCGGGGCCGACCUGCUCUUUGUCCUCCUGCUGCCCUUCAAGAUCUCCUACCACCUGCUGGGCAACCACUGGCUCUUUGGGGACUACCUGUGCCGCACCAUGGUGGCCUUCUUCUACGGGAACAUGUACGGCUCCAUCCUCUUCCUCACCUGCAUCGGCCUGGAGCGCUACAUCUCCAUAGCACACCCCUUCCUGUGGAAGAGCUCCAGCUGGAUGAGGGGCAAGGUGGGCAUCUGUGUGGGCAUCUGGCUGCUGGUGGGGCUGGGCAUGAGCCCUCUGCUUUUGCGCUCCCACACACACGAUAUCUCCAGCCUGAACAUCACGACAUGCCACGAUGUGCUGGAAAAGGAAACCCAAAAGUUCUUUGGCUACUAUUUCCUGUGCCUGGUGGGGCUGGGCUUUGGCCUGCCCUUCGUGCUCAUGACCGUGUCCUACAGCUGCAUCCUGGCGCGGCUGCUGGCCAAGGGAGGGAGCUACGGGCAGGUGGUGCGAGUCCUGGCCCUGGUCCUCCUGGUCUUCAUCCUCUGCUUCACGCCCAGCAACGUGAUGCUCUUCAUCCACUACCUGCUGGAGCCCUCGGGGUGCAACAACGGCACCUACGUCUCCUACGCCGUGGUCCUGGUGCUCAGCGCCUGCAACAACUGCUUCGAUCCCUUCAUCUACUUCUACGUCUCCCGGGAUUUUCGGGCCUGGGUCCGGGAUGCAGGAGGCCGCUGCCUGCGGGGGCUCGAGGCCUCGUUGGGGAAGUCCACGGAGAAGACAGCCCUGCCCCUGAGGUCCAGCGGGCAGAGCCAGGGCUGCCAAGAUGUGUCCCCCUGCCCCGGGGAUGGGGGAGCCUGAAACGUGCCCACCACGAAGGGCUGGCAAUGGA